AUGGGAUUGAAUUCUAUGUAUUUAUUCCUAAUAAUAUUUUUGUUCUUAUGGACUAAAAAUUCUAAAAGCUUUUCUGAAAUUCACUCUCAAGUCACACAUGGCAGUUCAUUCAAGUUAAAGUGUCCCAUUAAAACUAAUAACCAUUAUUUGGUCAAAUGGUAUAAAGAUGGAAAAGAGCUUUGCAGAUAUUCGGGCAAUAAUAAAUUAAACUUUACAAAAGUCUUACAGAAAAAUAAGAACGUGCAGAAGAAUUAUAUAUGUGAAUCAACUAACAUAGAUUUGAUGGAGUUUGAUGUCACAAAAAGUGGAUUAUAUACUUGUCAUGUUAUUGUGGAAGUUGAAAAGAGGCGGAAAAUUAUAAGAAGAAGUGUGUCAGUUUUAGUUUACCCAACAACUGGACCUGUCAUAAGUGGUAUCAAAUCAUCUUAUGAGGAAGGCGAGAUCAUACAAGCUAUCUGUACAGCUUCACCAUCUAAUCCACCACCUUCUCUUGUGUGGUACAUCAAUGGAGUUGUUGCCUAUGGUUGGAGCAUGGUCAGCUAUCCUUGUAAGAUGACCAAGGAUGGACUGUGUAUCCUCAGGUUAGGUUUGAGGAUCUCUGCUACAAGAAAUUUGUUUCCAAACGGGAUAGCAAGUUUUGUUUGCGAAGGUGGAAUUUUAGCAUUACCUCCAAAGAGGGCCUUUAUGACAAGUGUUCUCAAGGGAGCAAAUAAUACAGGUAACAUUCAUUUAUUUUAUGGAGGUGCUUUGGGUGCAAUGAUAUGGCAAAAAUUGUUAUUUUUAUAA